AUUAUAUAUUGUCGCAAUCAUAUGACACUAGUAUGUACAAAUAUAUUUGUAUAUCAAUUUAAUAAAUAGAGCCAUAUAUACUAGAUGGAAAGACUUUCUUGAGAGAUUUAUCUUAAUCAAACCGGAUCACUAUAUAGCAUGGCGGAGGAAUCCUACGACGAAGAGUGUGACUACCUAUUCAAGGCGGUACUAAUAGGAGACUCCGCCGUCGGAAAAUCAAACCUCUUGUCGAGGUUCACGAGAGAUGAGUUCCGGUUAGACUCUAAACCGACCAUCGGAGUAGACUUUGCUUACCGGAAUGUUUGCGUGGGUGGUAAGACCAUCAAAGCUCAGAUAUGGGACACCGCCGGCCAAGAAAGAUUUAGAGCAAUAACGAGUUCGUACUACCGUGGAGCUUUAGGAGCUUUAUUGAUCUACGACAUCACAAGACGACAAACGUUCCAAAACAUAAAGAAGUGGUUGUCGGAGCUCAGAGGCUUCUCAAGCCCCGAUACUGUCGUUGUUCUCGUCGGUAACAAAUCCGAUCUCGGGCAGUCUAGAGAAGUUGAAGAAGAUGAGGGUAAGAGUUUAGCUGAGCUAGAGGGUCUAUAUUUCCUAGAAACAUCGGCUUUACAAAACCAAAACGUCGAAGAAGCGUUUCUAAGCAUGAUUGAACGGAUACAUGAGGUUUUGAUCCAGAAGAUCGCUUUAGAUAACAAAUCAAACGGUGACGACGGUGAUGGUCCGGUCGUUCCCGCCGGUAGAGAGGUAGUAAAUAUUGACGAAGUCACCGCCACUCGACCGUUGAGUACUUCUUUCUCCAAUUGUUGUCUCAAGUAAACCAUUUAUUUUUUGUCUAGAAUUAUUCAUUAAAUUGUAUUUGUAUAGUUGGUAUAAUGUAAUUUUAUUACUGUUGAAAUGUUGAAUUGGCUCUAUUUAUAUAUCUUUUAUUAUAGUUAAUC